CACCACAUGGGACGAAACAAUGAUACCCCAAUUUCAGAAUUUAUUCUCCUGGGAUUUUCAGAGGAACCAGCACUGCAGCCCCUCAUAUUUGGGCUUUUCCUCUCCAUGUACCUGAUCACUGUGUUGGGAAACCUGCUCAUCAUCCUGGCUGUCAGCUCAGACUCCCACCUCCACACCCCCAUGUACUUCUUCCUCGCCAACCUGUCCUUGGUAGACAUCAGUGUCACCUCCACCACCGUCCCAAAGAUGCUGGUGAACAUCCAGACACAGAGCAGAGUCAUCACCUAUGCAGGCUGCAUCACACAGUUGUAUUUUUUCAUACUCUUUGCAGGACUGGAUGACUUUCUUUUAGCCGUGAUGGCCUAUGACAGGUAUGUGGCCAUCUGCCACCCCCUGCACUAUAUGGUCAUCAUGAACUCCUGGCUCUGUGGACUGCUGGUUCUGAUGUCCUGGAUCAUGGGAUCUCUGAAUUCCUUGUUACAAAGUGUGAUAGUGUCUCGAUUGUCCUUCUGUAAGGACUUCAAAAUUCCCCACUUUUUCUGUGAACUCAAACAGGUCAUCCAACUUGCCUGUUCUGACACCUUUCUUAAUAACAUGGUGAUGUAUUUUGUAUCAGUGCUUCUGGGUUGUGGUCCCCUUGCUGGUAUCCUUUACUCUUACUCUAAGAUAGUGUCCUCUAUACGUGCAAUCCCAUCAGCUCAGGGGAAGUAUAAGGCAUUUUCUACCUGUGCAUCUCACCUCUCAGCUGUCUCCUUAUUUUAUGGUACAGUCCUAGGAGUGUAUCUCAGCUCUGCUGCUACCCACAGCUCACACUCAAGUGCAGCAGCCUCAGUGAUGUAUGCCCUGGUCACACCCAUGCUGAACCCCUUCAUCUACAGUCUGAGAAACAAAGACAUAAAGAGGGCCCUGAAAAGAUUCUAUGGGAUGGCAGGUAGAAAAGGGACAACCAUCCUGAGGUAG